AGUAGAUCGCGCUGGGGAAGGGCCACGUCGCUAUGCGUGUGUUUCGGUCUACCUGGAUUAAACGUUUGCUUCUCUUCGUCUACCUUGAUUAAACGUGCACUUCGCAGUCCUCGGUUCUCCAUACCCGUAACCUGGGGAUCGCUACGGACCUUAAAAUACCCGCAACAGCCUCUUAGUCCCAAGACCAUGUAGACAACCCCAUUCAGGUCGUGUUACUGCUUAAAACCCUCUGCUUGGGCCCCGCGCCAAGUCGAGUCCUCAUUCGGGAGGUGGAUUAGCGCCCUUCGCGAUCCCCGAGCUCCUCCCUCGUCUGCCGCUGGAGGGGAGCGCCCACCGUCCUGCUCCUGAAGGAGCCGCUUCUCCUCCCCGGUCCUGGGAUUCUGCAGACCUGUCCUGUGAGACAUCGUUCCCCGCGCCACCUUGUGUCGUCCUCACGCCGGGUCCUUCCCCUCCCCAGGCUUCCCCUUCACAGCCACCGCUUUUCUUGACUCCUCGUUGGGGCAGCUUCUACUUCCUGGCCUCAAGCAGUCUUUCCACCUCAGCCUCUCAACCUACUGGAAUUACAGAUGUGAGCCAUCACACUAGGCCUACAAGCCCCAAUCCCUGUUGGACUGAACAAAGGGGGACGAACACAGGAAUAAAGACAAAGACAAAAGAGUAUAUUUGGAAGAAGGGGUUGGGCUCCUUGCUUCUAGUGAACAAGAGUCCUGAGCUUCCUGAGCUUUUAGAGCCUUUCGUAUGUAUUGAGUAAAGGAGAUGUAAAGGAGAUAGGGAGAAGUGGGUGGUUGUCAGUCAGCUGCUUGACUCGGUGCAGGCUUGCACGACUGCAUUCUCUGAACAGUAGCCUCCAGAUGUUCCAGUAGAUAACCUUAAGGAGCAUGGCGCCAGGGAGUGAUUGCACUCAGCAUACCUUCUGGUGGCAGGGCAGAUGUGAGUUUGCCCACAUCCUGCAUUCAUGAUAAACAGUUUGCUGUUUAAUCAUAUAGCCUUCAGUGGAAUGCUGAGUUGGUCAUGACCCUCUGGCUUUUGGCUGUCUACAGUCUUCCUUUCCCUUUCCCUUUCCCUUUUUGUUAAGAGACCAGCCUCACACUGUUACUCAGGCUGCAGUGCCAGCAUGCAGUGGGGCAAUCAUACCUCACUGCAGGUUUGAACUCCUGGGCUCAGGCAACCCUCCUGCCUCAGGCUCCCAGGUAGCUAAGACUACAGGUAUGUACCACCAUACCUGGCUAAUUUCUUUUCUUUGUAGAGAAAGAGUCUCACUAUGUUGCCCAGGCUGGUCUCAAACCUGACCUCAAGCAAUCCUCCCACCUCAGCCUCCCAAAGCACUGGAAUUACAGGCAUGAGCCACUUUCCUGGCCUCUUCAAUAUCUUUUAUCAGUGUCUUAAGAGCUUGUAGUGUACAGAUCUUUUACUUCACUGGUUAAAUCUAUUCCUAAGUAUUUUAUUCCUUUUGAUGCUAUUACAAAUGGGACUAUUUUCUUUAUUUCUUUUUUCAGAUAUUUUGUCUUUAGUGUAUAGAAAUAUUUAGGGCCCCUCUUCUGAGACAUCCUCACCGAACUUAAUCUAGCCAAUGCCCAGCUGCCUUUAAAGUAGACUUAAUAUUGUCACCACUUGCUGGCAAGUUUUCUCAGCAGGCCCAACUUUGUGGUCUUCAUACUGAAGGCCCAGGGUCCUUUAGUUUGCAGUUUGUGUACAUUCCUGCUGUGUUGCAUGUGCCCAGAGAUCCUGUACCUUUUAGCCUAGUUUGUUCAUGCAUGCGUGGAGGAGAGGUAGAAAAAUGGGGAAAAAUGGAGGUGAGUCCAUAGAAGGCUCCAGAAAGCAAGGGUGGGCCUUCAGAUGAGCCACAGUACGGUGUGUGCACCUGUCCCAAGUGUGGUUAUAAGAGCAAGGGGUGUGUGGAACUCUUGGAAAGGAAUUUCUUAGGUCUGGCAGAAGCACUUGGAAGUGGGAUUAUGGGUGGUUGUGAGGGUGCAUGGAUCAUUUUGGAAUGCCACAGUUUCCUUAUUAUUUGCUCGGUUGCUCAGGCUGGAGUGCAGUGGCGUGACCUCGGCUCACUGUGAUGUCCGCCUCCUGGGCUGAAGGCAUCCUCUCACCUCAGCCUCCCGAGUAGCUGAAACUACAGGCACGUGCCACCAUGCCUGGCUAAUUUUUUUCUGUUUUUAGUAGAGUCGGGGUUUUGCCGUGUUGCCCAGUCUGGUCUGGAACUCCUGGGCUCCAGUGACCUGCCCACCUUGGCCUUCCACAGUGGUGGGAUUACAGGGUGGUCCUUACACCAGAUUAAUUUAUCCUGAAAUGGCGGGCAACUGAAUUGCACACCUCAAUCUAUGAGUCUUGCUGUUGCCCAGGCUGGAGUGCAGUAGCGCGAUCUCGGCUCACUGCAGGCUCCGCCCCCCAGGGUUCACGCCAUUCUCCUGCCUCAGCCUCCCGAGUAGCUGGGACUACAGGCGCCUGCCACCUCGCCCGGCUAAUUUUUUGUAUUUUUAGUAGAGAUGGGGUUUCACUGUGUUAGCCAGGAUGGUCUCGAUCUCCUGACCUCGUGAUCCAUCCGCCUCGGCCUCCAAAAAUGCUGGGAUUACAGGCGUGAGCCACCGCGCCCUGCCAAACUCAUAUUGUUCUAUCGUCAACUGAAGUGAGAAGCAAGGCCUAAGUUGAGUUCACAGGGAGGGUGGGCAGCUGGAGAGUUGGUUCAUUGGUCCUGAGAGCGUGGAACCCAGAGCUGUACUGCCAUAAGCACUUUUCGUGGUGACUUGUGUGGGGUCUUUUGGGAGUGCAAGAAUCAUGCAACUCACCAAAGUAUUAUCUGGAAAAUCAUAGAGAUCAUUUAGGGGGCUACGUUUGGCUUUUUUUUUUUUUUUUUUUUUUUGAAGUAUUUUGGGCUGCACGUUAAGAUGGUUACAGAUGCAUUUUGGAAUAUCUAAAUGUCAAUAUGGAGAGUUUCCUUGGAAGAUGUUGGGGUCUCAUUGGGGCAUGUGUGCAUCAUUGAAGACAUCUGUUUUAGUAGACGGUGGUGCCAGUAUUCGGGGGUGGGGUCAUCACAGGCGUGGACCACCAUGCCCGGCUAAUUUUUGUAUUUUUAGUAGAGACGGGGUUUCACCACGGUGGCCAGGCUGGUCUCAAUCUCCUGACUUCAGGUGAUCCGCCCACCUCGACCUCCCAAAGUGCUGGGAUUACAGGUGUGAGCCACCGCGCCUAGCCUCCCCUGUUUAUUUUUUGGAGUUUUUUUUUCCACUAGACCUGGCCCAUUUCAAGGUUCAGUUUGAUAAUGUGGCACUUAGCACAAGAGACUUCAUUCCAGCUUGGUCUGGUAGUUCGGGAGGCUAGUCCGAAACAGCAGCCUUCCCAUAAAAAACAACAAGAUCAUGUCCUUUCCCAGGACACAGAUGGAGCUGGAGGCCAUUAUCUUUAGCAAACUAACAUAGGAACAGAAAACCAAAUACUGCAUGUUCUCAUUUACAAGUGGGAGGUAAAUGAUGAGAAUACAUGGACACAUAGAGGGAAACAACACACAGUGGGAUCUACCUGAGAGUGGAGAGUGGGAGGAGGGAGAUGAUCAGGAAAAAUAACUUAUGGAUACUAGGCUUAAUGCCUGGAUGAUGAAAUAAUGUGUACAACAAACCCCCAUGACUCGUUUACCUAUGUAACCAGCCUGCACAUCCUGCACAUGUACCCCUGAACUUAAAAUAUAAGUUAAAAAGAAAACAACAAAAAUACUUUGGGCUUCCAUAAAAUUUGUUUAACUGUGUCAUUCAUUUUUACUUCUACAGAAUUACUUUAAACAGUGUUUACUGAUGGUGGUGUAUUGCCCAUUAAAUGCAUGCAUACACACAGACCCUAAAGCCUCUAGUUUCCUUCCACUGUACCCUAAUUAAAACAAAACAUACCAUUAACUGCGUUUCUGCCUGUGGUGAGUACCCCUCUUCUGUGCUUCAUUUAAGAGCAUAAUACACUACAAUCUUGUUCAGAGUCUCUGUCUUCACUUCUUGCCUCCAACUGUGUCUUGAAUGCAUUGGAUGAAACUUUCAUAUCCACCAUUCCACUGAUAACUUUAUUUUUCAGAGUCACCAGUGACCUCCCCAUUUCUAAAUCCAAUGUAUUUCAUUUCCUGCUUUACUCUUUCUUUUCCUGUCAGGAGCUAUUUGAUUUUCUUGCCACCUCCCUGACCAUUUCACACUUUCCUCUGCUGCUGUAUCCUGACGGAAUGUUUCCCAAUGUGGGAAUGACUCAUGGCUUAGUCCUUGAACCUCUUCUUGUUUCUGUCCACACCCACUGUCUUUCCUCAUCACCUCAUCUUAUGAAUUUAAACACCACUCUAUUAGUCCAUUCUUGAAUUGCUAUAAUGAAAUACUGGAGACUGGGUAAUUUAUAAAGAAAAUAGGUUUAAUUAGCUCACAGUUCUGCAGGCUGCACAGGAAGCAUAGCAGCAUCUGCUUCUGGGGAGGCUGCAAGAAGAUUCCAGUCAUGGCAGGUGAAGGAGGAACAGGCGUCUCACGUGGCGGGAGCAAGAGUAACAGAGAAAGGGGGGAGGCGCUACACGCUUUUAAACAACCAGAUCUCGUGAGAACUCACUAUGAUAAGAACAGCACCAAGGGGUGGUGCAAAACCAUUCAACACAAAUCCACCCCCAUAAUCCAACCACCUCCCACCAGGCCCCACCAGUAACACUGGGGAUUACAAUUCAGUGUGAGAUUUGGGCCAGUGACACAGAGCCGAUCCAUAUCACCCACCUACCCACCUACACGUCUCCAUGUCCCCUGCAGACCUGUCCCCUGAACUCUAGAAUUCCGUGUCCUUUUGUCCUCUCCUCUCUCUGCUCAGCCAUCUAACAGGUAUCUCCACCAAAAGUGAUUGCCUGAAGUCACCAAGUACAUUCCCCUGCGUUCCUGCACAUCUCAGAUGACGGCGACCCUGUACGUCCUGGCUUUAGCUUUACAUGUCAGCACGUAUUUGAAAUAGAGAAAACAUGACAUUAAAAAGAAGUGCUUUAAUUCAUGUGAUAAAGAAAAGUUAUGUUUACUUAAAACGGGUGAGGAAAUACAUAGUUUCUUAGAUUACUGUGAGCUGUGGGAGAAAAAUGUUUGAAUACCUCGUCUCUACCUAAUCUGCUGCCCAGAACCUCUCUGACCUCAUCUCCUGCCUGUGUCCUCCCUGCUCCCUCUGCUCCAGCCACACAGGCCUCUUUCCUGUUCCUUGGGCUGAGGUUACUCCUGCCUCGGGGCCUCUACCUGGGCUGUCUGGCCCCUCAGCUGCAAGUGCGAACAUCCUUCCUUCUUGAGGUCUUUGUUCCGAUAUCACCUUCUCCAUUGGGACUUCUGUGACUCACCCUCCUCUCACCAUUUAACACUCCAGCCACACCCUCACCCCUACCCCUGGUGCAUAUUAUGUGUCUCUGUGUUUCUUUCUGGUCCAUUGUCUUCUACUGUCUACAAACUGGUAACAAUGAGGCCCCAAGGGAAGAGCAGAGCUGGGAGGAUGGGGCUGUUCUAGUCUUGUCCCCUUUAAGAUGUACUCAACCCUGGCUUCACAUUAGCGUGCUGAGGCAGUUUUCAAAUACACGUUUUGUGCCCUUUUACCACAGAUUCCACUUCCAAUAGGUCGGAUGGACUCAACCUCCAUAUUGUUUAAGGUACCCAAGUUGAUUCUAAUUUGUAUCCAGCAUUGAGCAUCCAGCCUCUGUGUCUUCUGUUUCUGAGAGCUGAGCUCAGCCUGUGAUCCACAGGGAGAUUUGACUUUUAAAGAAUUAAUUAUAUUGACUGAGAGAGAAGCCCAGGAGAGGAAGAAGAAAGAAAAGGAGCCAGGGAUGGCUCUUCCUCAGGGAUCUUUGACAUUCAGGGAUGUGGCCGUAGAAUUCUCUCAGGAGGAGUGGAAAUGCCUGGACCCUGUUCAGAAAGCUUUGUACAGGGACGUGAUGUUGGAGAACUACAGGAACCUCGGCUUCCUGGCAGGACUCUGUCUUCCUGACCUGAAUAUUAUCUCCAUGUUGGAGCAAGGGAAAGAGCCCUGGACUGUGGUGAGCCAAGUGAGAAUAGCAAGGAACCCAAACUGUGGGGAAUGCAUGAAAGGCGUGAUCACAGGUAUCUCUCCUAAAUGUGUGAUCAAGGAAUUACCACCAAUACAGAACAGUAACACAGGAGAAAAAUUCCAAACAGUGAUGUUGGAAGGACAUGAAAGCUAUGACAUUGAAAAUUUUUACUUCAGGGAAAUCCGGAAAAAUCUACAGGAGCUUAACUUUCAAUGGAAAGAUGGUGAAAUAAAUUAUAAAGAAGGGCCGAUGACCCAUAAAAACAAUCUUACUGGUAAAAGAGUUCGACAUAGUCAAGGGGACGUAGAAAACAAGCAUAUGGAAAAUCAGCUUAUAUUAAGCUUUCAGUCCGGUCUGGGUGAAUUGCAGAAAUUUCAAACUGCAGAGAAAAUUUAUGGAUGUAAUCAAAUUGAGAGGACAGUUAAUAAUGGUUUUUUAGCUUUACCACUUCAAAGAAUUUUUCCUGGUAUCCAAACCAACAUUUCUAGGAAAUAUGGGAAUGAUUUUUUGCAACUUUCGUUACCUACACAAGACGAGAAAACACACAUUAGGGAAAAACCUUACAUAGGUAAUGAGUGUGGCAAAGCCUUUAGAGUGUCUUCAAGUCUUCUUAAUCAUCAGAUGAUACAUACUACAGAGAAACCUUACAGAUGCAAUGAGUCUGGCAAAGCCUUUCAUCGGGGCUCACUACUAACAGUACAUCAGAUAGUCCGUACAAGAGGGAAACCGUAUCAAUGUGAUGUAUGUGGCAAGAUCUUCAGACAAAAUUCAGAUCUUGUAAAUCACCGGAGAAGUCACACUGGAGACAAACCCUACAUAUGUAAUGAAUGUGGCAAGUCCUUUAGUAAAACUUCCCACCUUGCAGUUCAUCAGAGAAUUCAUACUGGAGAGAAACCUUACAAAUGUAAUCGAUGUGGGAAGUGCUUUAGUCAAAGUUCCUCUCUUGCAACUCAUCAGACAGUUCAUACUGGAGACAAACCCUACAAAUGUAAUGAAUGUGGCAAAACCUUUAAACGGAACUCAAGCCUCACUGCACAUCGUAUAAUCCAUGCAGGAAAGAAACCAUAUACAUGUGAUGUAUGUGGCAAGGUCUUUUAUCAAAAUUCACAACUUGUAAGGCACCAGAUAAUUCAUACUGGAGAGACACCUUACAAGUGUAAUGAAUGUGGCAAGGUCUUCUUUCAACGUUCACGUCUUGCAGGGCAUCGGAGAAUUCAUACUGGAGAGAAACCCUACAAAUGUAAUGAAUGUGGCAAGGUCUUCAGUCAACAUUCACAUCUUGCAGUGCAUCAGAGAGUUCAUACUGGAGAGAAACCUUACAAAUGUAAUGAAUGUGGCAAAGCCUUUAAUUGGGGCUCAUUACUAACUGUACAUCAGAGAAUUCAUACCGGAGAGAAACCUUACAAAUGUAAUGUGUGUGGCAAGGUCUUUAAUUAUGGUGGAUAUCUUUCAGUUCAUAUGAGAUGUCAUACUGGAGAGAAACCUCUCCAUUGUAAUAAAUGUGGCAUGGUCUUCACUUACUAUUCAUGCCUAGCUCGUCAUCAAAGAAUGCAUACUGGAGAGAAACCUUACAAAUGUAAUGUGUGUGGCAAGGUCUUCAUUGACAGUGGAAACCUUUCAAUUCAUAGGCGAAGUCAUACUGGAGAGAAACCUUUCCAGUGUAACGAAUGUGGCAAGGUCUUCAGUUACUACUCAUGCCUAGCACGUCAUCGGAAAAUUCAUACUGGAGAGAAACCUUACAAAUGUAAUGAUUGUGGCAAAGCCUAUACUCAGCGUUCAAGCCUCACUAAACAUCUGGUAAUUCAUACUGGAGAGAACCCUUACCACUGUAAUGAGUUUGGUGAGGCUUUUAUCCAAAGUUCAAAACUUGCAAGAUAUCACAGAAAUCCUACUGGGGAGAAACCACACAAAUGUAGUGAAUGUGGUAGAACUUUUAGUCAUAAAACAAGUCUGGUGUACCAUCAGAGAAGGCAUACUGGAGAGAUGCCAUACAAAUGUAUUGAAUGUGGGAAAGUCUUUAACUCCACCACAACCCUUGCAAGGCAUCGGAGAAUUCAUACUGGAGAGAAACCUUACAAAUGUAAUGAAUGUGGCAAGGUCUUCCGUUAUCGCUCAGGCCUCGCACGUCAUUGGAGUAUUCAUACUGGAGAGAAACCUUACAAGUGUAAUGAGUGUGGCAAAGCCUUUAGAGUACGUUCAAUUCUGCUUAAUCAUCAGAUGAUGCAUACUGGAGAGAAACCUUAUAAAUGUAAUGAAUGUGGUAAAGCUUUUAUCGAAAGGUCAAACUUGGUUUACCAUCAGAGAAACCAUACUGGAGAGAAGCCAUACAAAUGUAUGGAAUGUGGCAAGGCGUUUGGGCGGCGGUCUUGCCUCACUAAACACCAACGAAUUCAUUCUAGUGAGAAACCUUAUAAAUGUAAUGAGUGUGGCAAAUCUUACAUUAGUCGCUCAGGCCUCACUAAACAUCAGAUAAAACAUACUGGAGAGAACCUUACAACUAAACUCAAUGUGGAAAGGCCGUUAGACGUUGUCCUAACUUCUGGGAUCCCCAAAUAAUUUAUACUUACUGAUAUGGCUUGUAUAUUUGUCCUUUCCCUUUGAAGUCUCAUGUGGAAUUGUAAUCUCCAGUAUUGGAGGUGGGGCCUAGUGGGAGGUGACUGGAUGAUGGGGGUGGAUUUCUCAAGGAAGGUUUAGUACUAUCCCCUUGUUGCUGUCCUUGUGAUAGUUCUCAUGAGGUCUGGCUCAUGCCUGUAAUCUCAGCACUUUGGGAGGCUGAGGUGGGCAGAUCACUUGAGGUCAGGAGUUCAAGAGCAGCCUGACCAACAUGGUGAAACCCUGUUUCUGCCAAAAAUACAAAAAAUUAGCUGGGCUUCGUGGCGGGUACUGGUAGUACCAGCUACUCGAGAGGCUGAGUCAGAAUUGCUUGAACCUUGGAGGCGGAGGUUGCAGUGAGCCGAGAUCGCGCCACUGCACUCUAGCCUGGGUGACAGAGUGAGACUCCAUCACACACACGCACGCACGAAAGUGAAUGCCACCUCCCUCUUGUUUGUUCUCCUUCUGGCCAUGUGACAUGCCCACUCCCCCUUCACCUCCCACCAUCAUUUUAACCUUCCUGAGGUUUCCUGAGAGGGUGAACAGAUGCCAGCGCCAUUUCCUAUAAAGCCUGCAAAAUUGUGAAUCAGUUAAACCUCUUUAUACAUUACCUAGCCUCAGGUAUUUAUUUCUAGCGAUGCAAUUAUGGCCUAAUAUAUUUACACAUGAAGUGAAUAUAGCUAAGUUUUAAGCAAGUGUUCACUAGGCAUAAGAAUAUACAUCCUGGAGAGAAAUCACAGAAGUGUAGUAUAUGUGGCAAGAAUGCUACUUAAAGGUCAAAACUUGUGGCUCUAUAACUCAAAGUGCAGAUAUGCUUUACAAAUGAAAUGAGUGUGGCAAAAGCUUUACCAGAGUUCAGUCACUACUUGACUUGAGAGUUUAUAUUGGAAAGAAAUCAUAUAAAUGUAUGUGCUAGAGGCUUCCCCGAGGUAUCUGAACUCACUAGACAUCAGAAUAUACAUCUUUGACGAAUGUAAUGUGUGUGCUAAGACUUUUUACCCAAACAUCAAAAUGGAAACAUCAGAGUAUUCAUACUGGAGAACAGCCUUACAAAUGUAACGAAUGUGGUAAGCCUUUUUAAAAAUCAAAUGGACCGGGUGUGGUGGCUCACACUUGUAAUCUCAGCACUUUGGGAGGCCGAGGUAGGGGGAUCACCUGAUGUCAAGAGUUCGAGACCAGCCUGGCCAGCAUGGGGAAACCCCAUCUCUACUAAAAAAUACAAAAAUUAGCUGGGCGUAGUGGUGGGCACCUGUAAUCCUGCUACUUGGGAGGCUGAGGCAGAAGAAUCACUUGAAUCCGGGAGGUGGAGGUUGCUGUAAGCUGAGACUGUGCCAUUGUACUCCAGCCUGUGUGACAAGAGUGAGACUCCCUCAAAAAAUAAAAAAAUCAAAUGUU